AUGGCUACACUCCCAGGGUGGAACAUCUUGAAGGGCAAAACUGCCGCCAUCACAGGGGGGACAACUGGAAUCGGCCGGGCAAUUGCUCUCGAAUUUAUCAGGCAAGGCUGCAACGUCGCCAUCAACCACCUGGGUGUACCCAAGGAUGAACACCUGCGCCACAGCCUUUUGGCGGAGGCGGCUGUGAAGCAAUGGGGAAGGCUGCACAUCUUUGUUGCGAACGCAGGCGUUUUCAAACAGGCUGAAUUCCUGGAGAUCGAGCCAGCCCUCCUAAAGCAGAGUCUCGAUGUGAAUGUUCAAGGCGCAUUUUAUUCCUGUCAAGCGGCUGCCCGUCAAAUGGUCGUACAAGGCGAAGGAGGAUCCAUCAUCGCCAUAUCAUCAGUGAGCGCGCUGGUCGGAGGUGGACUACAAACACACUAUAUGCCGACAAAAGCAGCGGUAUUAUCGCUCAUGCAAUCGAUGGCAAUCUCGUUGGGCAAACAUAAUAUCCGAUGCAACGCGCUACUUCCAGGGACAAUCAACACGCAGCUGGCGGACCACGAUAUGAAGAACCCGACAAAGAAGGCAUAUCUCGAGGGACGAAUUCCGCUGGGAAGGAUUGGAGAUCCAGAAGAUAUAGCAGGGCCGGCGGUGUUCCUGGCCUCUGAACACAUGAGCCGAUAUGUCAACGGGUCAGGGUUGUUAGCUGAUGGAGGAAUGUUUAGCAACUUGCAGUAA